CUAUUCUCGAAACCAAACAAAGCAUAAUUUGGGUUGCAGUUAGUUGCUAGUUGCUAGUUGCUACUCGUCUCGUCAGCCUUGGUUGCUUUGGUUCAAUUUGCUCCCGCCAUCCAUUUCCAUCUCGCAAACAAACAAUGGAACCCGCAACUUCUUCUUACAAGAUUAUAUUAGGUUCUUCAUCCAUCGCACGCCGCAAAAUUUUAUCAGAAAUGGGAUACCAAUUCACAUUAAUGACGGCAGAUAUCGAUGAAAAGAGCAUCCGAAAAGAAACUCCAGAAGAGUUAGUUAUGGCUCUAGCUGAAGCCAAGGCCAAUGCCAUUAUUUCCAAACUUCAAACUACCGGUAAUCAACAGAGAAUUGAUGAACCGACGCUUUUAAUUGCUGCUGACACAGCAGAAGCCAUCUUACAGAGGCUCCCUGUUGGUGACUACUUAAAGGAUGCCGAGCCAACUUUAUUAAUUACUUCUGACCAAGUGGUGGUCUAUGAAGGUGUGAUUAGGGAAAAGCCAUCUAACAAAGAAGAAGCUCGGCAAUUCUUGAAAGAUUAUUCUGGAAGGAAAGCAGCAACCGUGGGAUCUGUAUUAGUUACUAAUCUCAAAACAGGAGUGAGAAAAGGAGACUCAGAUCGUGUGGAGAUCUAUUUCAAUGAAAUACCUGAUGAAAUCAUUGAGAAGCUGGUUGAUGAGGGAAUUACUCUCAACGUUGCUGGAGGGCUGAUAAUAGAACAUCCUUUAAUAUUUCCAUAUGUCAAAGAUGUGGUAGGCACAACUGACAGUGUGAUGGGGCUUCCCAAAGAUCUGACUGAAAAACUCUUAAAGGCAGUCUUAUAGUGUGCACUAUUUAUCACCCUUGUGGGACUACUAACAAAUGGUUUAUUUUGUGAGUCAUGACCUUGGCUCUCUACAACUACAUUUUUCUUGACUCUUUAUGCAGUGUCUUCUGGUAUCAGUUAUUUUUCUGCUGACACAGUUAUGUUAUGCCUUGAAUUUUUUAUUGGCUGUUCUGUUUAAAAUAAGUAUAAUGUUUGAUGAGUGA